GUGGCCAUGGCGGCAGCGCAGGGCUACAGUGGCGGUGGCGGCGGCGGCGGCAGCGGCGGCGGGAGGCAGUUCAUCUCCAUCGUGAAGGACGACCGCACGCAGAACGCCUACGGCGAGAACACCUUCGAGUUCGUGGCCGCCAACGGCAUCGUCCGCUACGAGUCCGGAAAGGAAAACAACGGACACGUGCAGGAGGGAGGCUGGAGGUACCAGGCGCCGGAGGGUAUCCCUGUGGAAAUCACCUUCGUGGCUGACCAGGGUGGCUACCAGCCCCAGGGAGACCUCCUCCCCGUGGCCCCACCUCUUCCCUACCAGAGGACGCAGUCCUUCGGAGGAGCAGCAGGAGGCGGAGGAGGAGGAGGAGGAUAUACGUGAGUCUGAAAGAGUCCUGCUGACUUCGCUCGGGUCUCGACCCGGUUGUCUAGCGGAGGGGCUGGUCUCAUCGCUAAUCAUGACACAGUUAACUCAUUUCACAGCUACAGAUAGAAAAA